AUGUCCCGUCUGAUGACUUUUGUUUCCUCCCAUCCUGACGAUGACAAUCCUGAUCCAUCUGUUGAGUCGUACUCCCUCCAUGAGCUUCGUCCUGUGCACACAUAUCCACCCCAGCCUAUUACAACCUCAGUUCACGCUUACCCACCCAAGCCUGCUGCCCUGCCCAAUGAGGACUUUGCGAUGUCGCUAUAUAACCCCUGGGAGACUGUCCGUAGGCCAAGAGAUGGUGAUAUUGAUCGUCCUACCAAGGUCCUUCUUAAAGAAGUUGAUCAGUCAGCUAGGCUGCGCGAUAACGUUCAUGAACUACAGUACAGCAAACAUGAACUGUUACUCCGAAAGCGCUAUGCUCAGAGAAAUGCCAACUCGCAGGAGUCGGAGAUGCAAUCAGUCAUUGAUCAGUAUCGUCAGAAACUUGAAUCCCUUGAACUCAAGAAAGUCGAGGCCAUUACCUCGUUGGAGCAGCAGCACCACAACAAAAUUGUCACACUCCAGAGUCAAAUCCGACAAGCACAAGUUGCAGUGUCUGUGUCACCACCUGCAUGGCAUCUCACAGGUAAAAAGCCUAUUGCCACAUGCACCAACAUAAUCAGGUAUUCGCCAAUUCUUGAUGAGGAUUCAGAUUCUCCUGUAGACGAAGAGCCUCAGAUCGCCGGCAGUGAAUAUUUCACUGAUGUUCAACGUCGAGAUAACAAGGCGAAUGUCUGUGAACUAUUCAAAGUGAUGUUCCAUCUCACGAAAGAUGAGGACUAUAUGCUUUAUAGUGGGGCAUCGCGGGAAGCCGUCACAUCUUUCAUAGACGGUACGGGUCAUGGUCCAGAUCCACUUAUGCUGCAGUGGGAUAUAACGGCCACACACAAAUCGGAUUGGAACCAACGAGCCACUGACAUACUCUUGUCUAUCUAUAUAUCCAUGGAGGAGAAGAACCACUGGGUCCUGACUUGUAGGGCAACAAAGUUCGAAACUCGCCAAAAGGUCACGUCGACCCUGCUCAGUGAUCGGAAAGUGACGGGAAAAGAUGAUCUACCCGUAUGGGUGUAUUUGAACUCCAUUGUGGAGACGCUGGGUAAAGAUGGGAUGAGCUCUGAUGAGAGUGACGUCGAUGACUGCGAAGUUCAGGCUCUUCGGUUGAAAAGCAUGCCGUGGAGAGCUGAUUUCAGUCAUGAGAUGAAAAUUGUUGACGCGCAACGUUUUGCAGGUGCUGCGAUCUUCACUCCAAGGGGAAGCAAGCCCGCAAAGUGUCUUCACAACCCUAAGCGGGAGUCCUUACAACCGGCAGUCGCAGCUCUACCUAGAGCAUUCUACAAUCCAUUGUGGUUGAGUAAGCAACGUUCAACAUUCAAGGUAUCUAACACAAAGUUCCAGAGGAUGGAAAUCAUGGUUGCACACAAGUGA